CUGAGCUGAGAUUUUGGUGAUGGGGUGGGGAUACGGCGGGAAGAUAGACUUGCGAGGAGGGAGAGGAGGAGGAGGAGGCUUAGCGAUGCGAUAGUCUAGUGGAUUUGGGAUGGGCUUGGAAUGGGUGUGGGCACUGACGGAUGGACUGGACAUACAGUGAUUUGACUUAAUACUUAAACCGACGCACCCCUUCCUCUCAAGACACUUCUGAUACCGCACACACUCUCAACACCGGAAGAGCCGCCCACCACACCUUCCGCAACGACCAGGCAGUCAAUAUGGACAUCUUCCUCAGGCCGCUCAAACUCCACUCUCGGGACAAAGAGAUACUCUCAGAUGUAGUCGUGCCGAUAUCUUCCGCUCCGCACUACGUCCCUGCGAAGCGCCCGGCCCGAGCCUCCUCCGCCCUUGAGUCGCCCCUCAUCGCCGAGCCUGCGGAAUAUGACAUUGAAACCAUCCGUGCCGCGGUCGCCCCUCCCGCCGGAACCACACAUAUGGACAGCACACCCUACACUCGCAAAUCCCGUGUCAUAAACCAUGCGAUCCAGGACAUUGGAAUGGGGCCGUAUACAUGGCGUCUCUUUGCGCUCUGCGGAUUCGGCUGGUUCGCGGAUAAUAUGUGGCUGCAGGGACUGGCGCUGAUACUGACCAGCAUACAGCGAGAAUUCGGCAUCGAGGAUAGUAGGAUUGGGUAUACCACCUGCGCACUCUUCGCAGGGUUGUGCUGCGGUGCGGUGGGGUGGGGUGUCUUUAGUGAUUUUUGGGGCAGGAGGGUUGCUGUCCGUUCUCCCCAUCCUCCCCUUUCAUCUCCACCUCGUACCUACCUAAGGGCCCCAAGGACCCGAAUAUGGUAGAAGAUAAAUGUGCUAGGGCGUUGGAAUCCCUUUCCACCCGGCUACGCGAGGGGGAGCACCUCAAACUCGGCCCUCGGUAGGGACAAAACAACGGGAAUAUGCAGAUUGCCUUACUAGGAGAGGAAGAGGCAACUACGGCGUCCCAGCACAUUUAUCUCUCCCUUCGAGUCUCCACGGCGCUGUGCUACACCGGAUGCUAAGAUCGCGAUCCCAUAGUUCAAUGCCACCCUGGCCAUAGCCGCAAUCUUCGGACUUGCAGUCGGUAGUGCGAAUUCUUGGUUUGCCACCGCCACGCUUUUCGCUUGUAUCGGAACCGGAGUCGGCGGGAACCUGCCCGUUGACGGAGCGCUCUUUCUAGAGUUUUUACCGGAAAGGAAUGGCAAUCUGUUGGCGGGGCUGUCGGUUUGGUGGCCCGUCGGGCAACUUGUUGGCUCUCUGGUGGCAUGGGGGUUUCUGUCAAAGUAUAGUUGCACAGCCGAGGCUACGGAUGCGGGGCGUUGCAGGAAGGAGGAUAACAUGGGGUGGAGGUAUCUGAUGUUUACCUUGGGGGGCUUGACGGCGGUUAUGGUUCGUCAUCUCCUUGAGGUGUAUCCAGAGUGGACAAAAUAUUGUGUUGACGGUAAAGUGGGGAACUGGAUAGUUCAUAACAAGGUUCUUCACCUUCCACCUCUACGAAUCGCCAAAGUUUUACAUCUCCCGCGGGAGGGACAAAGAAGCGGUAGCGGUGGUGCACGGGGUUGCCUAUAGGAACAGGACAAAGACUUGGCUAACGUUGGAACUCCUCCAAGAGUUAUCCCGAGCUGACGAUGAUGACGAGGAAAUCGAGAAUCACCCCUCCCUCAUUUCCUCCCGCUCCGCGAUGGGGGAGGCCUCAAGGUUAUCAGCAAUGCAAAUCGUAAGGCUGAAAACGGAAAGAUUUACCCCCAAGCAGAUCCGCCCGCUCUUCGCAGACAGGACGCUAGGGUUGACUACGGGGCUUGUGUGGUUCUGCUGGGCGACCAUAGGAAUGGGGUAUCCGCUGUUUAACGCCUUCUUGCCGAUUUACUUGACGAAGAACGGGGCUGGAGGGGUAAAGCCAAAUAGCAUAGUGUAUGUCACGAAUUGUCACUCUUUACACCAGACUCGAGUGUGAUUUUGGGGGGUAUUACAACUGACGAUAUCAGGUACCGCAACUACGCAAUAACAAGCAUGGUCGGAGUCCCUGGCUCUCUCAUCGCAAUGGUAUCCUCCCCUUCUCCCCCCUCCCCCUCCUCUUCUAUCUAACACCGGGGGGGGGAAAGUACACAAUCGACAGCCCCUACCUCGGGCGAAAGCACACUCUAAGCAUCUCCACCUUCCUCUCCGGUAUCUUCCUCUUCCUCUUCACCAUAUCCACGAAGGACACAUACCAGUUAACCUUUGCCUGCCUGGAAGCCUUUUUCCAGAACAUCAUGUACGGCUCCCUCUACACCUUCACCCCUGAGCUCUUCCCCGCACCCGUGCGUGGUACGGGUGUUGGGCUGGCCAGCUUCAUCAAUAGGAUUGCAGGACUCUGCGCUCCCAUCAUCGCUGCAAAUACUAUGGGCAUCAAUCCGAAUGUGCCGGUUUAUAUUGCGGGCGGGUUGAUAUUGGCUGCCGGGGUGGCGGUCCUGGGGGUGCCGGUUGAGACGAGAGGAAGGGAGAAGCUAUGAUUUUCUGGAAGGGAGAAUGUGUGGGGGGCCCCGAAUGCUCGGCGAAUUAAUUCUCGCAGUUUGAAUUUCUUUGUAUAUCUGUUUCCUGGGGACAUAAUCAUACCAUAGAGGACUUAAACAUUCCAGUUAAGUAUAUUCUGGGGUUUACUGUAAAUUCUAAGAUGAAAAAAACAGUUUGCUUUUGGUGGCCGGGAGUCACUACGCCGUGGCCGUCCCUAAUGUACAAUACAUAUCUACAUACUUUACGAGGCGGUCAGCAGAGAUCAAUAGUGAGCCAGGCAUCCCAAAAAGUUACCACAGCGUGUAAAGUAUUUUUCCACCGGGUGGGGGGGAAGGUUGGGUUAUCAAAUCAGGUUAAGUAUGUCAGCGAGUGAUGACAAGUGACAGCACACAAUAUAUCAAUCAUAUCAAUCGUUCGAAUAUAAUAACCACGGGAACAAGACGCGCACAGUAAAUAUGGGCUAGGACAGGAGGAA